AAAUAUAUUUUAACUCAAAAUUGUCAAAGAGUACCUGGUAAAUUAUGCACAAAUUUUUAUUAGUAUCAUAAAUUCAUAUGUGUUUCUUCUAAGCCAUUAAUUUUUUGUUCUAAAUUUUACGUCACUACUAGAAAACAUCAUGGCUACGUACCAGCCUGACUGUCCAAAGCUACCAUGGAUGAUAGACUUUUUUACUUCGGAAUAUGCAGAAGUCUUAAAUACUCAACUAGAUGCAGCCUACGAUAGUACUAAUUUGGGCCACCUUAGUAAGCUAAGUAUGAAAUCUAAAGCCCCAGUAUAUAGGCAAACGCAAAUUAUGUGUACCAUUCCCUGUAAUGCAACUUGUUUUCUUCUCGAGGAACUAAUGGCUUUGGGAAUGUCCGUUGCAAGAAUUGUAGCGCCCGGUAAUAAAAAGGAAAAAAUUCAUGAAAUGAUUAUAAAGACUAGAUCCGUAGUAGACAAGUACAGUCGAAAAAUUGGUAGAAUAUAUCCAUUAGCAUUUUCAAUUGAUAUUAAAGGUCCAGAAAUUCGCACUGGUCAGUUAGAACAUAAUAAAGAGUCAAUAUUUCUUCCUAAGGGAAAAAUGACCACUUUGACAACUGAUGAAGCAUAUGAAGAGUUUGUAAAUGAAGAUAUGAUUUUUGUUGACUACCAAAAGCUUUCUGAAGUGAUACAGCCAGGGGACAAAUUAUUAUUCGAACAAGGAACCCUGCAUUUAUCAGCCAUAGAGGUAGCCGAAAGUGUUGUUAGGUGCAUUGUGGAGAAAGCGGGAAAUCUUUUAAGCCGUUCAGCUCUUAUUAUACCAAAUACUCCCAUAGAGCUACCUUCAAUUUCUGAUGAUGAUAAAGAAAUAUUAAAUUUGGCACUUAACUACAAUAUUGAAUAUCUUAUGGUCUCUGGAGUUUACAACAAGGAAAAUAUUUUAGAAGUCAGAAAAUUACUUGGAAAUGAAGGUAACAAACUUCAAAUAAUUUCCAAAAUAGAAAACUCUAGCUCCGUUGAAAAUAUUGAUGAAAUAAUUGAUUAUUCUGAUGCAAUUUUUAUCGACUGUGAAAGGCUUGUUAUCGAUAUUCCCAAGGAAAAAGUAUUUUUAGUUCAAAAAGCUUUAUUAGCAAAAUGCAACUUACGAGGGGUUCCGGUGAUAUGUUCUACAAAUAUACAAAAUUGCUGUAGUCUAUCCAAAUCGGAACUUUGUGAUAUUGCUAAUUGUAUAAUCGAUGGAGCAGAUACUUUAAUGAUCAAUCAGGCAGUAUGUACCAAGGCUAUCAUGAGUGCCGUGUCUUUGGUAUGUAAAGAAGCAGAGCCUGCAGUGUAUCAGCGGCAAGUAUUCAAUGAACUUAUUUAUAAUAUUCCCACUCCGAACGAGUCUAUCUACUCCCUUUGUAUUUCCACUGUAGAAGCAUCUCUUAAAACUAGUGCAGCCGCUAUAAUAUGCCUAACUACCUCCGGAAGAACUGCCAAGAUUUUGUCACGAUUUAGACCAAGAUGUCCAAUCAUAGUUAUAAUAAGAUACCCACGUGUUGCUAGGAUUCUUCGAUUAUAUAAGGGCGUAGACCCUAUUAUUUAUUUAAAAUCGUUCGAUGGAAAUUUCGAGAAGGACGUGGAAGAACGUAUACAACUUGGAAUUACUUAUGGAAAACAUAUGGGCUAUAUAAAAAUGGGUGAUGUACUGAUAACAGUAUCGGGUUCCAGACCAGAUGCAGGAUUGCCUAAUUGUAUGAAAAUUAUUUAUGCAUCCGAUUACGAUACGCUACUAAAUAAAGUUAAAUACUAAAAAAGUACUUAUAGAAAUAUUAAUUUAAAAAAAUUGUAGCAAUAACAAUUUUAUAUACUAAAUUUCAGCAAAAGAAAUUUUUUUGGAAAAGGUCCGUAUUUUUUAUUAAAUAAAGAAAAUAUUUUCUCUGUUUCAACAACCUUAUAUUGUAAAAGACAGAAUUAAAUAUCUAAAUGAACUAGA